AUGCCCACGGAAUAUUUUUCAACAAAACUUUCAUUAGAUUAUACUAAAUUGUUAGAAACAUCAAAUGAUUAUAAUGUAAUUAUAGAGAUAGGGGAACUGGACAAGAUACCUUCAUCAUUGAAUAACAUACCUUUCGUUGUAAGUGAUGAUGAGGAGAAAUUUAAAACGUUUAAAGCGCAUUCGUUAAUCUUGAAAUCACGAUGUAAAUACUUUGAAGCGGCAUUAUCAUAUGAUUGGGAAUGGUUAUUAAAUUUGGAAUUAAAAGAUUUAAUAGAUCAUUUAAGUAAUGAAUGUUCAUGGGGUACCAAAGAAUAUAAUACAUUGGGUAAAUCUUUGGAAAAUUUAUCGACGAAAAUUCGUUUUAUAGAAUUUUUGAAAUCAGAUUUUAUAAAGUUUAUAAUACCUUUUAAAGAAAUUUUUAAUAUUGAAUUUUACAAUGAAUUACAAGAUCAUUUUUAUAUUCUAUUACCAUCUCCCCCUCCCAAACAAUUACUUUUUAAUAAUUUAAAUCCCAUGGAUAAUCAACAUAUUAGUGAUAAAAAUGAUAGCAGAAGUGGUAGUGGCAGUAUGAUGAAUGCAACCUCAAUGAACGCUUUCCUAUCGUCAGCCAAUGUCAAUCAUCAUCCAUCGUUGAUACUUAAACCCCCUUAUACGUUCACAUUAUUAUAUAGAGCAUCUCGUGAUUCUUUUAACUUGGAUAAUUUGCAUAAAAUCAUUGAUUAUAAAGUGAAUAUAUUAAUAGUAGCAAGAAUUUCUAAUACCAAUGAAUUAAUAGGCGGUUAUAAUCCGAUCGGUUGGGACGAUUCAAAUAAACCUCAUCCUGAUUCGAUCAAUAGUUUUAUUUUCUCGUUUCGUGAUAAUAAUCCUCCUAGCUCUCCCACUUCAUUUUCUCCACCACUCUUACCAAGAAUAAGUAGAUUAAAGCGUGAAUUAAUUGAUAAGAUAGUAUUUAAUUCCAAAACUGGUUACAUCUCUUUUGGUAGUGGUAGUGAUUUAAGGAUUGGUGGUGUUUUAAAUCCAAAGACUGGUCAUACUAAAUUACAAUAUUAUGAAAACAAAAUUAGAGAUUUUCAAGGUAUCUUUUAUAUUGAUGAUUAUGAAGUAUUUCAAAUUAGUUAA